AUGUCCCCUUUUCGAGUACGCUCUUGUGUGAGUGCUUCAGAAGCCUCAGAAAUCUUGUAUCCAUGGGUUGUCGCGGAAAAGUGGGACCCAGGAAUGAACGGUAAUGAUAUCAAGCACGCAUACUAUCCAUCGGACCCUGCUAGUUUCUUUGUCGGUACGAUAACCCAGCAGACAACAACAACAUCGGCAGCAGAAAAGAUUGUAUCAUCUAUUUGUGCCAUCAAGCAUGACGACAACACAGGCUAUAUUGCAUUUUACGUUGUGGACGCUUUGUAUCGUGGAAAAGGUUAUGGGUUCCAAACAUUCACGCAUGCCCUCUCGCACCUGUCAGCAAGUCCCUGGAUCGGCCUGGAUGCCGUUGAAGCUCAAAUGGAAACGUACAAGAAAUCCGGAUUUGUGGUUCAAACGAAAAUUGUCCGCUAUGUCGGUGGUGGUGUGAGUCAUCCUGCUCAUUCGACCGCGACGGAUGGUGUUCGUACCGUGGGUUUAGAUCAAGCCACAUUAGAGCAACUUGUUGACUAUGACCAUGGUUGCACAGGCAUGCGGCGCGCCACAUUCGUGUCGCAUUGGGUGUCCUAUCAUGUCAAGCAUGGUUGGGGCUUUGUCUUGUUGAAUCAACAACAAAAGAUCGUCGGCCUGGGAUGCAUGCGACGCUGUGCAAGUGGAACUUAUCGGAUCGCUCCCUUGUAUGCAGAUACACUGGAUCAUGCUUUGGAUUUGGUGACUCGGUUGACUAUGGCGGUUGGUGUGAAUGACAACCACACCGAGGCUGCUGCUCCUCAUCCUCAUCAGUUUGCAGUAGAUGCAUGGACUGCUACUCCCGCACCUUCAGAGUUGUUUGCGGACAAGCUUGGAUGGAAGCCUAUAUCAACCAUGUACCGUAUGUGGAGAAAGAACGGCACGAAUGCCAAUAUCGAUGGACCACCGCUUGGAUCGAUGGAUGGUUUUUAUGCUAUUGCUUCCCCAGAAGUCGGAUAA